GUCCUGCAGACUACAUUUUUUGGAGUGUGUGUCCUCACAGACCUAGUAUGGCACCUUUCUUGGUCUGAUAAACGUAUGCAGCAAUUGUCAUUGAGGAUGAGUGCUCUCCAGGACUGGCUGUUCUCAGCUCUUGCCUUCCCCAUUGGCUUUUUUGUCGUCGUGAGUUUCUGGAUUCUUUAUGCCUAUGACCGGGAACUUGUUUACCCAGAGAUUUUGGACACGAUCAUCCCGACCUGGCUGAAUCAUGCCAUGCACACGGUGGUCUUGUUGCUGCUCAUGUUGGAGCUGAUUGUGGUUCAACAUCACUGGCCCAGCCACAAAGGAUGCCUGACUGUGCUUAUCACUUUCUGCAGUUCCUAUUUGGUCUGGGUACUUUGGAUUCGCCACAGGUCAGCUAUCUGGGUCUACCCCAUUCUGGAGGUACUCAGUCCCUUUGGGCUGGGUAUGUUCCUGACAGCAGCUGUCCUUGUAACUAUCUCUUUGUAUGUUGUUGGUGAGAAACUGCAUUACUGGAGAUGGGGUCUCCCGGAUCAGUGUGGGAAAGAAUCUUGGUACUUUGAUCGAGAUCAGGCACAGGAGUGCAGGUUGAACUCUGCCAGCGUGGCUGCAAGUGAGAAAUGCAGCAAUCCUGACAUUCUUGACUCUGCAUCUCCAUCCACCACAGCAACUGUCUCCCAGUCCUUUGGGACUCUCACCCCAUUCUCAGACCCUUUCCAGCAGAAGCUUCUAGAUCUUCAUAAAGAUGGGUUUGAACAUUUGGCAGGAAAGUUGGACCAGAUGAUUGACCUGAUGGGAACUAUUGCCCAGAGUUUGAGUGCACUGGCCCUCAUCCAGUCUGAGCCAGCUGUUCCUGUGAUUCGCUGUCCGUCUCCUGCUACAGUUAGUCACAGAGCAAAACCAUCUACCCCUGAACAGAGUGAGUCAGCCACUGACCCCCCUGGGGAACCUGAGCUGGACACCAACACUCAAAAAGAGAUUGACAAUCCAAAACCUAUUCGCCUCCCCUUAAAAAGUCAGCUGCCCAGUCUCCGAAGGAUAGUGAAAUCUACCUCCUCAGCGAGUUCAGGAGUACAUACAGCAUCAAGUGUGGAAAUGAGGCAGGCAGAACAGGGGUCUCCCAGCUUGAUUCCCAACCUAUAAUGUCUCACUGAAAGAUACAAUUUGACCUUAGCACCACCAGCUCCUUUGUGGGGAGUGGAGAAGGAUUGGUUGGGAAGGGGUGUGAAUGUAGAGUGGGGGAGGGAGAUGUAGAAUGAAGAUUCAUUUGAAGUUGCUAUUCCUGAUCAGUCAGAUGAAGCCCAGACUUGUCUGACUGCAGGCUGCUUUUUUUUAGAUGUGCUUCCAACUAGUUUAGGGAAAAUAUCGCAAUUCAUUAUAGAUUGCUUUAUUAGCUAUAAAGGAUAUUGGAGAUGUCUAGCCUAGCAAUGAUAUCUGGAGCUGGGAAAUGCUGAUGAAUUGAUAAAUCCCGAGUGUGUGACUCAGUGAUGUUGAUGGUAUGAUAGUGAGUAUGUGGGACUCCAAAAGAGAGGGCGCCACAGCUGUCCUCAUCUUAGGACAGUGGGUCAUUAACAUGUCCCCAUCCGGAGUGAAAGAAGCUGUUUCAUCACUGUCAGCUUCUGUGCUCAAGGAAGUGGAAUAACCUGUCUCUCUGACUGUUUUAAUUUAAGAUUCAAGUUUAAACUGUCUAAAACUCAUAACUUUUAAAGACAAAUUAGUGUUUCCUUUUACUUUCCUAAAAGCUGACAUCUCAGACUGGGAGGUACUCAGACUGCACAGUGAGAUGGAAUUCUGAGGCAACCCUGUGACAGUCCUGUCCCACCAGCGUACUGUCUGCACAAACGCAAGUUGUGUAACUAUUGCCCCACCCCAGCUCCCAGCAGCAGUCUUUCAGGUAAUUGGGCUGAAGUUCCAAAGGAUACAAAUUUUCUGAAAAGUGGUAUAUUUACUCAGGCAUGGAUUCCUCAGUGUUUGGGCAGCAUUCCCCAGGAAAUGUAUUGUUUACAGGUAUCAUAGCCAAGCUCUUGGUCCUAUUUUUGCAUUUAAUGUUUGUAUCAAGUCAGCACCUGCCACAGGGAAAAGUUUGCACGUUUCUUUUUCUUUAAAUUGUAAAACAUUGAAAUAAAAUGGUCGGCAAUACAA